AUGAAGCAAUUCACUCCUCUCGCUGCCCUUGCUGGACUUAUUCCUCUAGUCCACGGCCAUGGCUUCGUCACCAGCCCAACGCCCCGUUACCCUGGCUCUGCCUUCGAAGCUGCCUGCGGUCAACAAGCCUACGAUAUGGAGACAGCUGAUAUCUACGGAAAUGUCCAGACCAUGCUCCAAGUUGCCGACACACAAAGCGACUACAAUGCUGCCGAGUGCGAUGCCUGGCUGUGCAAGGGCUUCAAGUAUGCUGACAAUAAUGUUACCUACUCGUACACGGCAGGUGAGACAGUGGACUUUGAGGUCACCAUUCAAGCUCCGCAUACUGGUGUCGCCAACGUCUCUGUUGUCGAUACUUCUUCCAACACUGUCAUCGGUACCCCGUUGAUCUCUUGGUCUGUUUAUGCUUCUGUCUCAACUGGCGUGGCAGCAAACAACACUCAGUUCAGCGUUACUAUUCCUGAUGACCUGGGUGACCAGUGCACUACUGGUGGAACUUGUGUGCUACAGUGGUACUGGUACGCCGAGUCCAUUGAUCAGACCUAUGAGUCUUGUGUCGACUUUACUGUCGAUGGGUCUGGUUCUAGCUCGGCUUCUACCAGCACCACCUCCACCACUUCCGCCCAGACCAGUUCCUCAACUAGUGUAUCUUCGUCCAUUUCUUCCACCUCAUCCACCUCUUCAUCUUCUUCAUCUUCAACUGUUUCUACCGAGACCCCCACUUCCACCGAGUCAUCCACUCCAGUUGAGUUCGCUACUUCCACCGAGACUCCUGCUGCAGUUGAGACCACCAGCUCGGCUGCCAUUGCAAUCUCUGCUUCCCCCGAGACAACCUCUGUCUCCGCUAGCACUACAUUUGCGACCCAGCUCCGUUCCUCUGGCUCCGUGGCCACUUCGACUGCUGUUGCUACCUCCGUGACGAUCCCUGUCAAUGGAUCCGCCGAGGAAAAGUUGAGCUGGGUAGAGAACGUGUUCAAGUACCUUGUUGGUGACAACUGA